CUUUGUUUCAAAACACAGCAGGAAUUGUCUCCUCUAAUAUAGCUGGCUAGCUGGGUUAAUCUGGAAAGGCUGCAAACUGUAAACAAGUCAAUCGUCGAUACGUACAAUGAUAUAGGAGUCGGAUACGUGGCUGUACUGAGACAGGAAAGUGGAUGAUACAUUCUAACAGGUUUCAGCCGAUACACACUGGACUACAAAGGGCGAAGACCUGUUGAGGAGAUCUAGUGAAGCCGAUCUAAACAAUUGCUUUGAGCAAACGUUACUUUUGUCCUCUGCUGGGCUGCGACCACAACCAUGUCGGACAUUAUGCUCAACGUGUCUGAUGAGCCUGCGCAGAGCGGACCUCAGACAGGAAACCAAAGGAGGAACAACAAUUGGUUUCGUAAAAAGAUGCAGAGGGGCUUCCCGCAAGGCCGAAAUAAAUACAACCACAGAGUGGGACAGUUCAGACACGAGCCACCUCCUCCGCGCCAGAACGGAGCACCUGCAAAGCAUCCCUCCGCUCCCACGCACGGCAAAAGUUUACCUCGCCCGAGCGGCGCACCCGGCGCUUCCCACUCUAGCGCCCAGCCUUCGACGUCCGCACACAGCCCGCCUUCCUCGGCUGCCUCUGUGGACAGCACGGGCAGCCACGAAAAGCCAAAGGAGCCUGGGAACGCACACCCGACAGCCUCUGCCCAUCGCCCCUCAGCCUCAAGCCUCCAUAAACCCGCCGCUGCUCAGACGUCAACGGGGAACCCCACCAAGUUCCUCGCCAUUGACUGCGAGAUGGUGGGCACGGGACCAAAGGGGAGCAUCAGCCAGCUCGCGCGCUGCAGUCUGGUGUCCUACGACGGAGACGUGGUUUACGAUAAAUUCAUCAACCCCUCCGUGCCCGUCACCGACUACCGCACCCGGUGGAGCGGCAUCCGGCGCAGCGACCUCGUCAACGCCAUACCGUACGCCGAGGCCAGGAAGGAGAUACUGAGGCUGCUCAUGGGGAAGGUGGUGAUUGGCCACGCCGUCCACAAUGACUUCAAGGUCCUGGGUUACUCUCACCCCGGCGCCUUGACCCGAGACACGUCUCGCAUCCCUCUGCUCAACGAGAAGGCCGGCUUCGCCGUGCAAGAGUGUGCCUCGCUGAAGAGACUCACCAAGGCCAUCUUCAACCGAGACAUCCAGACUGGGAGGAAGGGCCACUCGUCUGUGGAGGACGCCAGAGCCACCAUGGAGCUUUACAAAGUGGUGAAGGACGAGUGGGAGAGGACGUUGGCGUCCAAACCACAGGCCAGCCAGUGCCAGGUGUGAGGAGACAACGUGGAGGUAGACCAGAGUUUGGAUCAACAUCUCUGUGUGGCAGGAUGCUGUUGUUUUUUUUACCUGGCCACAUGGGCCAACUCCUACUGUCCCGUUGACACGCGAGUGAAGAUACCAGACCAAAACUGUACCUGCUUAUUCAGUACACUGGAGAAGCUUUUACCAGCUGGAUUAAAAAAAAAAAAACCCAACCUGUAAUAUUAUCACGGGAGAAGAAUAGAAUAACUGCUGGGUCAGACACUCUGCUGUAAAACUUUGGGUUUCAGCAGUUCUUUCUCAGGGUUUGCAUUGUGUUUAAAGGUGCUCCUGCCACUAGGGGGCAGUCAUGUAUUCAGUCCAGCAACAGAAAGUACAUCAUUGAAACACUGUCAGUGAUCCCCCUACACACACACACACACACACACACACACACACACACACACA